AUGAGCGGGAAAAGGAAACCGUAUGAUGCGCUAAUACACUUUUAUAGAACGGCCAGAAUAUCCAAUCUCAAGCAUCCGCUAGAAAAAUCAACGGUAUUGACUAAAUCCCCUGAAGACCUUAGGACCAUCAGUUACAAUGACAUUGAGAAGCACGAUCAACAUUUGCAGGAAUUUCGAUUCAAGAAGUAUCUACACCCCAGUAUCAAUCCUUUGAAUUCCAAAAAUAAAGUGAAAAAGUAUCGAGAUCAACUACAAAAUGAACGGUAUCAUGAUCAAGAAAGGAUCACCAAUCCGAAAUUUGUGCCGUUGGCCAUCACCAAUAAUGAAUUUCUUGCCAUGAAGCACUACAGAAACAAGGAUGCUUCAAAUAAGGGCGAUGCCAUGAAUUCCAAAUCUUUUGAUAUGAAUUUGGCCUACAAGAUUUUAAUACAAGACGUUUUUUCUGUGGGGACAAGCUCUCAGGUAAUGUUGCACCAUUUUAGAAACGAGGAUGUUACUAAUGCGGUUGAAUCAUCACCAAGACUUCUUGACGAAGAUGGUAUCCCUUAUAUGGAAAAAGUAGAUGAUAUCAGGAAAAAAAUAAAGUCAAAAAAGACAGAAAAUACCGGUUUCAUUGGAAAACCCCUCUCCGUUGAUUUUGAAGAUGGCCCAGAUAGCGAUUUUUCGGAUAUUUUCAGUAAACCAAACGGUACACUACAAGACCCUGAAGCAAAGUUCCCACAAAGAAGUCCCAUAGAUUUUUUAAGAGUUCAAUUGAGCAAUAAGAUAAGAUAUGAUACUGCUCAUAAGCAGACUAGUGAUGAGUUAUUAACACUUCUAAAAGAACGGAUUGAGGCCAAUAAUUUGGAGAAGAAAUCGGUAUCAGAGGAAUCAGCUAAGCAAGCAGUUACGGAAUCAACAAUAAAAAAUAAGAAUUACAGUGCUGUCGAUGCUUGUUUCGUGCAAGAAACAGAUCAAAAAGACUCAGUACCUGAAAUGGUUGGAUUAGAAAACGAUACAUACAAAAUUUACUCUUUGGAGACCAGAGACACCGAAAUUUUCUAUAACCUUCCUAGCAAAAAGGAGUUUGUCAGCGAACCAGCUUACAAUUAUUUGAUUGAGAAAUGUUUUGGCUUUGAGUUUGAUAUAGAUUCAAAUAUAUCAUCCAAAGCAUACAUCACGUCCCUAUAUCAUAUCUUCAAUGUCAAGGCUAUUGGCUUCACCAAAGAUAAUAAAGAUUAUGAUACCCUUGUGUCAAUGAGCCACAUUAUCCAUCCAAUCGAUCCCACAAGAAAGCUUCCCUUGGUGAAUAUGAGUCGUGUUACAAAUGUUGAAUUUGUAAAGCUAUAUCAUAGUACAUUUAAUGGCUCAAUGCAUGUUUUUUGUUUAGUUCCUGACGUAUUUGAGCAAGACUUGAAAAUUUGCGAACAUUCUGAGUUGGAGCCUCGUUCAGGGAAAGACUUUGAUUUGCCAUUGGUUGAUAUGAAUGGUGAGAUUAAUAGAGAUCUUGUACCAGAAAGUUAUAGAGAUUUGAAUACCAGAGAUGAAAUUAUGAAAAAGAUUAUCAAAGACUUGAAACUCGAGUCGAUCAGUGAAUGUGCCGGUUUCUUGGGAAAUCCAAUAGACAAUACCAUUAUAAGAGCAACAAAGACCUAUUUAAAGCAUGAAGCCACUGAUGAGGAAAUUUGUUUGACCGAGUACUCUAAUGGCAUAGAAUUAUUGUCGAACAAAGUAGUUAAUAUUCUUCUGACGGUAGAUGGGUUUAAAUCAAUCAUCAACCAGAAAAUAUUUUCAUACGGUGGGUUCUUGGAGCACGCCAGACCUUCUAUAAUAGGGAAUAAACAAGAAGAAUUAAUUUUGGAUUCCUUAAAUGUCGAUACCUCAGACACCCGCUGCAAUGAAAAUAAAAAACAGCAACUUGAAAUAGAAAAGAAUUAUGAAUCUUUGGGCAAAAGGCUUGACGCUAAACAUGUAUUUCCAAAGCUCCCAAGAAAGAAAUUCACAUUAGUUCCGCAAAUAAUGUAUGAGUCCGGGGGAGAAUUGAAACCCCUCCCUUCAUUUGAUGUCAAAGAAAUCUUUUGUCAGCCAAAUUUCAAUGAUACAAGUAAAGAAUAUUUGAGCCUUGAUUCUAUAGAUUCUCUCUUUACUAAUGGCUCAACCAAUGGUAAAAAAGGAUUGAAGAACCUUGAUGCCAUAAGAGGAAUGUUAUUGAACGUGAAUAGUAAUAAUCAAGUGAUUAUAUCUGAUGCAAUGUUUGAGAAAGAGAAACGGUCUGUUGGAGCAAUCGUUAAUUUUUUUGAGUGGUACAGAAAGUAUUAUGAGAGUGAUCCUAACAGGAAGAUCAAGAUGGAUAUCAUGAGCCAUGUGUGUCGUACAAGCCAAUACGUUAGACCUUGGGAUCUUUAUAUUGCUCAAAAAAUUAUGAUACUAGUCAAUAACUUUGAGAGUUCUUAUGGUAGAAGAAGUUUGCAAGAAAUGAACAAAGGCCUUGAUGAUUUCUUAUAUGAUUAUAUAUAUGGGUAUUUGGAGAUGAUCAAGAAUGAGUUGUACUUCAACAAAAAUUUUGACAACAAAGAUCUCAGGGAAAGAAGGAAGAUGAUUUUCCAUCUUCUUGGGAAUGCUCUCUAUCAUUUCAGUAAUACGCUAUUCAAAUUCAAGUACCCAAGACUCUCGAAAUAUUAUUUUGAUACUUCGAAUUUCACGGCUGCUGAUAAAUUCACGACCUCGUCCCAAAGGAAAGAAGAGUAUGACUUGGGUCAUUUUUACAUUUUCUUUGGCAAGGCGAUGUCGGAUAUUAGAUUGGAUAUUGUUUCAAUCCUUGGGAAAAAUUUCAUCGACCCUAAAGAAAACUUGGUUGAAAAUGAUUUCAAAUCGAAUUUUUACCACAAAGUUGCCAAUUUACCAAAGUCGAUAACCGAAAAGAUGAAGCAUGUAACUAGUAUCCAGGCUUUGAAAGGUCUGAUAGCCUCUGCAGGUAAUGUUCCAAAUCUUAAGAUGAAAUAUACCGUCAACAAUGCUAUUUCUCUAUCUAAAGGUGCAUCACUGGAAUCAGUCCGUUCUGCAACUUUGUACAACACUUAUCAAAAGGAAAUGUUUGCUGCCACUGAUAAGAACCCAAUUUUAUCAAAGAAUGAAUUCGUUCUUUAUGUGGCGCUUAAUCCUAAUAAAUCUACUAAGCGUCUGUCAGCGUUGGCCAAUGAUGUGGCUAAAUCAUUUAAUAAGAUCAAGCAAUUUUUGUUCUCACCAGUGGUCCCAGUGUUUUACAUGCAUAUUGAUUCGUUCCAUGUGCCAAAGAAUUAUCAGGUUGUCAGAUAUUAUGAUUUUGAAUAUACCAUGGAAAAUGGCGACAGCGAUAUGUUUAAUGUCAAGGCUUACUUGUUGCAAUAUAAAGAUUUGCAUAGAUACAGAGUAUUGAAAGAAUUGGUACAUUCACCAGCCGCCUCUGAUGAAAUUGAAAAACAUAAAGACAGUUUGGAAAUCAUGAAAAAAUACAAUAAAAUAGCCUUUAAUAGAAAAUGGAAUGGUAAAACCAAUGAAUCAGGGAACAAAAAAAACUAUCAAUGA